AUGUCGCCUCCUGACUCGUCCAAUGCUGUCGGAUGUAACCGCGGCCAGCAUAUCAUCCAUGAACCUUCCAGCUGCGCCGCGGAAUACGCGAAAAGAUAUAAUUCUUGCUCUCCAUCAAAGUCAGGCUCCGAAUCGAGUAAGCAGCAAGGGGCGGCAUUAGGAGCUGCCAAGAUUCCUAGUAUUCAUCUUUGUACCGUGCUUCAUGAGCCCCUCAAGCGGGCCGCUCGAAUCAAGCAACCAAUUUCGAGAUACCCUGGGACUUUGCAGGGGCUGUCUCAUGAUGGACCUCCAGGCUGCUAUCACGUGAUUGUAUUACCCUCCAAGGAAAUCGAGGAUGUCUCUGCCGCCAGAAGCACCCCCAGGAGCGUCCACCAUGUCAAAAAAUACGUUCACCCCCAGAGGCGGACUAAAUUACAACCUCCAAUUCUUCAGGGAACAACUCCCGAAGCCAGGGUUCUGCGGCUAGUCGCGCGGCAGAUGCCUCUCACUACCAGCCUCGUCAUCUUCCGGUACCUUGGAAGUCUGUGGCUUCGACUGGCUUGGCCCAAUUUCGCUAUCGAAUUACGGCUUUCGGCCUCUGAAUGGCUGCUGCGUCCCAGAGCAGCGGUUGAGGCUGGGAAGCCGCGCGACUGGGCACAGGGAUCUCUGGCCAGUCACGCCAGCAUCGUUGGUUUUUCCGGCUUCAAUCAAUUGCCUAUGACGGAAAACCGUUUUGCUGCUGCGUCACCCAUUCGUUGGUUGAAUACGACAUUCUUGAUCGUCCUGGACGUUCCUUGUAACCCCCACAUGACACGUUCGAUGAUGACCGCCGCGAUUUUCCUCGCAACUAAGUCAAUACGGUAA